UCACGCGCGACGUACGCCGCCAUAUUGCAUCUAAUUUCGAAUUUCAAAAUUUGACUUUUUGUUUUUUUUUUCUGUGUCUGUGGUACCUGUCAAAAUGAAGAUCGUCCUACUAUUCGCACUCUUCCUCUGUGUUCACUCUGAAGAAACGACCAAAGACCAGGAUGUUCAGGCUAAGGACAAGAGACAGACCCAGGGGGAAAGCCAGCCGCAUAUUAUAUACAGAACCGCCAGGAAACAGGAGCACGUAGCGCCGGUGGAGGAAAACAGCGAAGACGACCGCGACACAAGGGACGAGGAGUACCGGCCCGGGCAGGUGUUCUCGCUCAACGCUCAGGAACUGCUGGACCUGCAGCCCGAGAGGAAGAGCCAGCAGCAGCUGUACCCUGAGCAGCAGCAGAAGCAGCAGCAGGUCUACUAUCUCGAACCGCAACUUGGCAGACAGGUUUACCAGCCGUCUCACGCGGUGAUAGCUCGGCCAGACUUCUCUUCUAACGGCGGCGAGGCCUCCGUAGGGGCGGCCCUGUCAGUCAGUGACGGAGCCAACCCGGGGGCGACCUUCGACCAGGAGCUGCUGGCGUUGCUGGGCCAGGCGCAGAGACAGGAGGAGCGCCAGUACACCCCCACCGCCAAACCCACAUACGUCCCGCAGUAUCAACAGGUGGACAUUCCCUACGUCCCGAAGCCGAGCAAGAAGCCCACGAAACUCCGCCCCAAAGUGCAAGUCGCCCCGCAGCCCGCCACUGCCCCCCAGCAGUACCUCAUCGAGACAACCAACGUGCAGCAGUACCAACCGACACAGCAACAGUACCAACCGACACAGCAGUACCAACCGUCACAGCAAUACCAGACCGUGCAACCGCAGUACCAACAGUACCGCCAACCGCAGAGCCAGAGAGUCCCCCAGACUCUAAGAUACGUCCAGAUCCAACCAACGCAAGCGACCAUCCAGCAAGCGAUCUACGAGCGACCAGAAUCGUCUGGCCUGAAAAUAGUUGCACCACCCAAAUUGCAGCAAAUCAAUCCGGCGAACUUACAGAACCAAGUAAACUAUAGAUUAAUUCCCCAAUACCAACAGGAGGCAACGCCCAAGCAGUACAGACUGAUUGAAGCCCCAAGACAACAGGCUAGACAGGAGAAGACUAGAGUAGUGAACAUUAACGAGAGACCAGUCACCUAUCUCAAGCGGUUCCCUGAACCUGAGGGCGCCAACCAGAGGGUAGCUCAAGGCGGCGAGCAGUUUUAUGUCCGUCAGGUAUACCGUCCAGAGCAGAGAGCCAGGUACGAGCAAGCGCCAUUAAGAAACGUUGAAGCCCAGCGCAGUUUAGACACCAAACCACCCCUAUCAGCAAUCUACGUCAGCCAAAACAUCCCCAAACAAUCGAAAGCAGCGAGACCUCUCGUAAGAACUGACUCUGGCAUCAAAUAUGAGCCCAGAGAAGUGUACAGGGUGGAACCCUCCAGCGCAGAACAGGUCCAAAUAACCCAAGGAUCGAAGAACAUCGAUGACCAGAGAGCGCAUCUACCGCCUCCAAAGAACAACAAAGCGUAUACUCCUGAGGAGUUUUCUGCGCUGAUAGCUGCUGGGUACUCGGUGACCCCUAUCCCAGUAGGCCAGGCAGGCAUUGAAACUGCUCAGUCCAGGUCUUCCAUAGACGUAGCCCCUGCGCCCGUCCGUCGUCCACUACACACCAGACGCAACCAUUAUCUCCCGCUACGAGUGGACGACGCCCCUUAAAUGACCGAAAUGUACAUAAUAGAUAAAUAAUGUUAAAUAUAAGUUUAUAAUUAAUUUAAA